ACAUUUCACUUCACUAGUGGUCCGUGCAUCGACCCGGGGUGUGCGGUGGGUCCGUUUUUUUCCUUGGCAUAUUCUCCUGUGUGCGGAUAGGUAUUUUAUUUUCCUCGAGGAGCAGGACGGUGGCACUUAGAGUGCAGCAGAGGUGCAUUCGGGAAGACUACCUACAAAGGAAGUGUGUUGGCUGCUUGAAUGUGAGUGCAGAAGCAUGGCCCUAGCAGGUCAAAUUUGGUGAUCCCAUUUGGUGCCAUUUGAAAGUGAGAAUUUGCUGUAACUUUGUGGAGUUUUGGGAGAGCCCGAAGCUCGAAGUGAAUGUCCUGAGUGACGAAAAACGCAGGUUGAGAAACAACGUUAGAGUGCAUGAGUGGCGACGAAAUCGGUUACGUGUGCGAAGAAAAUUUGAAAACCUGACGAAAUUUCAUCCCUACUUGGAUUUUUCACGGCGCUGAAUACGGUUGGAAUUUGAUGAACGGUGACGAAGAAGGAGAUAAGUUUCUGGCGUAAAAUUUCCGGAAAAUAUCUUCUAGAAGCUGCUGCAAUUGUCACUUGUAGUAGUGGUGAGUUAUGUGUUAGUGGUGGCAAACUAAUGGUACAAGUGAAAAGUUUCGAAUUCUUUCAACUAGAGAAUUUUCAGCAGCGAAGAAGAAAGGGUGUAAAAGUGGAAACGGUCGUUGUCCUUUUAUUGGCGUUGGGAAAUUUCAAAUUAAAGAAGGAUCAUCAAAACGCUUAGCGUUGACAAGAGGAAACAGAAGACAAAAAGGGGAAAUAAAAUUUACAGUUGAAUUGGACGUUGUUGAAAAAGUAGAAAAAAAAUCAACACUUGCCGACGGGGACGUAUGAAGGAGGUGAUGAAGCUUGCAAAAAUUUGGUGUAAUAAAGUGUCGUAAAAAAGGCACGCCACACGACGACGCAAGGGACGGCGGAGUAUCACAGCUCGAGAUCUCACCUAGACAUCAUUUCCUGUGGCAAACCAACGAAACCGACGAAGGCAACUAGAACGGCAAAUUAUAUAUAAUUUCUGUUGUAAUUUCUCGCGUGGCUCUCGACGGAAGUGAAGAUUUCUGGUGUACAGAGUGGUUGGUGAUUUACGGACAGAGGAGGGAAAAAAAGUGGAACACGGCGACAGCAAUAGCAGAAGCACCAUCGACAUUGCCAGGUAUCAUCAUCCAACAUCAGAGCUGCGACAUCAUUAACGGGCGCUGGCAAAAGAUCUGCUGAGUGCGGCAUUGAAAGCAAGACGACGGUGAGCCGAAUAUUUCGUGAGACUCUGACAUUUCACCUGGAAUGUUUUGAUCACAGACUUAGUUUGCAAAAGAUGUCAUAAUAUGGGUUUCUCGUGCGAGAAAGCGCAUUAUCGCACGUCACACCCGGAGCCUAGUUGGAUCGAAACAAUCGGCUGUGAUCAUCAGUUAACUGCGCCAGGAUUCAAAUCCACAGGCACUGUCAGCAAUUUCAAAAGGCAUCAAAAGCUCCGCCCGAAAGCCCACAAUCAAAACAAAUCAUCACCGGUGGUAGGCGGACAUCAAAGCGCCGCUAGCAUCCCGCCUGCAUCCGAACCACCGACGGGAGUCAAUUCCGGAAUCAGCCUUCAUUAUCCAUUCAACCUUUUCCAUCCGUUCCACUUAUCCUCGUACCAGUACUCGACGAUUAUUUUAGAUAAACUUUCACAAUUUAUCACUAAGCAUGUAGUUGCGAGAAGUGGCUCCACUUGGAACGCUGUACAACCCUGCGGCUCCAUCGCCUGCACCCCAGACGAACCGCCGCCGCCGCCGCCGCCACCCACUGACAAUGCGCUGGCAAGCGACUAUUCCCAUGAUACCGGAGGCUGCCAAUUUCCAUCAGGGCCUCCCGAAUCGAGUGCAUCGAAAUACCAGCAGCCUUCACUGUCGUCGUUCCCGUCCUCACCCCGCUCAGCGACAUCGAUAGUAGCUAUAUCGAGAGCCUCCAGCACAUCGUCUCCACCACAAACGACGGUGCCGCCACCGCCCCCUCUGGUCGCCCCGUCAUCGCCAUUAUUGUCCUGUGAUCCUUUGGUUGCUCUGGUUGAACCGAUUGGCAGCACAGCUACCACAACCGGUUGCGCCAAAACGUUGCAUUACUCUUCGUCGUUACCGUCGGAACAAGCACCAUCGGCAGCAUCAUUAGCGUCACCGACGUCCCAUGCCUCGCUGCUGCUGACGCCUUCUUCGUCCAGCCUUCGGUUGCCUUCCAGAGGCCCUUCAUCGCAUCAAACCACUACGAUUUCAUCAUCAACGACGACGACGACAACGGCUAGACCUACUUGUAGUCAUUAUCUUGUAAGACACUCACUUUGUUUAUAUGCAGCAUCUAGCGUUAUAUUAGCAUUAUGUUAUCUAACAAUACCAACAGUUGCCUCAGACACACCACAUACUAUAUUCGCCGAAGGAAAGUCGGACAAAGAAAUUUUAGAUCACCUAUUAACAGCCGCACGAUAUGACAAAAGGUUGCUGCCACCAGUUGAUGAUGCGGAUUUCUGCUGCGGUAUGCAAACACCGGAAAUGGCAAAACAUAUUCCCGAUACGCGCGUUCCAGGACGUCCCCAGAAUCGCGGUUCUCUGACUGUGAAUAUUAGUGUACUGUUGUUAAGCUUAGCAUCGCCAGAUGAGUCUAGUUUAAAAUACGAAGUGGAGUUUUUACUCCAGCAGCAGUGGUACGAUCCCCGGUUACGGUAUGCAAAUCAAUCAUCGUAUGAAUAUUUAAAUGCUAUUCAUCACCACGAGGACAUCUGGAUACCGGAUACGUACUUCAUCAUGCACGGCGACUUCAAGGACCCGCUGAUACCGAUGCACUUUGCCCUGCGGAUCUACCGCAACGGCACGAUCAACUAUCUCAUGAGGCGACACCUCAUUCUCUCUUGUCAAGGUAGACUGAACAUUUUUCCAUUCGAUGAUCCGCUGUGUUCAUUCGCGUUAGAAAGUAUAUCAUACGAGCAGUCAGCGAUACGGUAUGUCUGGAAGAACGACGAGGACACUCUUCGAAAGAGCCCUUCGUUGACGACCCUAAAUGCGUACUUGAUCCAGAACCAAACAAUUACCUGCCCCAUUAAAGCCAGCUGGAGAGCCGAAGGACAGGCAUUGUCAGAAGAAGACGAAGAGUUUCUCUGUAACUUGUGCCAAAGGCGAUUUGAGGAGCAAGGAAAUUACAGUUGUCUGAAAGUGGAUUUAAUAUUUACAAGAGAUCGAGCGUUCUAUUUCACGACCGUAUUCAUUCCCGGCAUCAUACUGGUGACGUCAUCGUUCAUCACAUUCUGGCUGGAGUGGAACGCGGUACCGGCCAGAUCAAUGAUAGGCGUCACGACAAUGCUGAAUUUUUUCACCACCUCCAACGGUUUCCGCAGUACGCUUCCGGUAGUGUCGAAUCUGACGGCGAUGAACGUGUGGGACGGCGUGUGCAUGUGCUUCAUCUACGCCUCGCUGCUGGAGUUUGUCUGUGUCAACUACGUCGGCAGGAAGCGACCACUGCACAAUGUUGUAUAUAGGCCUGGAGAGAAUCCAGUAACUCAGCGUCUUCCAGCUGUCCUAAACAGGAUCGGAAUUAUACUCGCGAGCCCCCUGACAUCAAGAAUAUUCUCGGAAACCAUUGAAAACGAAUUCCGCACGGCAAUUGCUGCGGAGAAGUCUGCCACGGCAGCGGCAGCAGCAGCUGCGACGACACCUUUCUCCAUUCCGAGUGCAGCUUCUACCACUGCGUCGGCUGGUGCUGCUUCAACUUCUACCACCGUCACGUCCGCCGGCUCCGGCCGCGAUGGUGCAAAGACUCCGACUUCCGCUUCGACUGCGAGCCCUUCCUCGACGAGACCGGCCAGCAUCCUUGUGGAGGAAGGACUGGGCGGCGAUGGUGAAACGACGACCGCUUCCGUACGAUCCCGCACCCAGCGCCAACCGACUGUUGAAACCAAAAUCAACGAGAGCGGUGUGAUGGAAACGAGCUUCGGUGUGAAGAAACGAGAAUCCGGCGGACCGAAUGAGAUCGUUGCCUGUACCAGCUGCGCGGGUGGAACCAGUCCAUGCACUCACUCGGCAAACAAUGGCUGUGCUACCGAGACAUGUUUCGUACAGGUGCGGAAAAAAGAACCACCCCACCCAAUCCGGGUGGCAAAAACGAUCGACGUUAUCGCAAGGAUCACCUUUCCUUCGGCAUACGCAGUCUUUCUCAUAUUUUUCUUCAUCCAUUACAAGGGAUUCUCCUAGAAUACAAUCAAUAAGCGGUUGCUUCAUGAAAUCUACACAAAUAAUCUGCUGUAACAUCAGCUGGCACACACAGUUGCGAACAGUGCAUGGUGUUUUGAACGCUGGAGUUCAUUUUCUACGGACGGCCUUCGGCUGAGAAUUUCAUCGCCGUAUCUACUGGAGACCAGUUCCCGUGAAUAUCCCGAUUAGAAACAUUUUGAUACAACACACACAUUACACACGCUUCGGAUAAAAUACUCAUAGACGAAAUCAAAUAGACAACGUUACAGCUUCGGUAUAUGCUACAGAAAUAUGCGGUCACCGGUGAAAUAGAUUCGAAUAAGUUUGUAAAAAAUGAUGCCGACUAGUGAAGAAGGAAACAACAAAAACAAAUACUGCCUUUUAGUAAGAAACAUGGAAAAUGAAACUUCAGCAACACUAAAAUCAAAACAUUAUAAAACUCAACAUUUUGAGAAUGCUGUAAUGACAAACAAACAUAGAUAGAGAAUUGUACAAAUAAAAACUUGUACAUAAAAGGGUCAUUUCUCGCGCUAAGUCUAGUUUAAUUCGGUUUUCGAUUAAAAUGAUACAGUAGCACUCGGUAGAAACUGAACGCAACCAGUUACCAUUUGUAAGUUCUACACGAACCUUCUUUUCCAUUGAAAACAAUACAAUGCAAAGCAUAAGAAAGCUCAUUGAAUUAAGCUUAUCGGUGCGAUCGGAUGACCUAAUCGUGUCCUAGACAGCGCGCUCCGCAAAUCGCCCAUCCACCCCACAUUAGAUUCUACGCUAUAGGGUCAUAGGUCGAUUUUUCGCAAGAACGAAUUAUUCAAAUUGAAUGAAAGAAAAAACAAACAAAUUACACGGUUAAACCAAAUACGGAAUAGAACACAAAAAAAAACACACACACACACGCCAUGCCAAUGAUGAGAAUUUUUGCAAUCAAAUAGAGUUUUAGUAGGCGGGUAAGGAAUGAGAGGAAAUAUAGCAAUAUUAUUUGAAUAGAGACUAAACUAAUUAUGAGGCAUAUUUAUAUGAGAUAGGAUAAUUAACAAUUCAAUGAUAAAUAAUAAGAAUAGGGGAACUAAACAUUGACUAGAUAAUGAGGGUGUAUAUUUUUUAUAACAAGGGGCAAAUGCAGACCGAUCGUUGUGGUUUUGUAUUAGUUUUCUCGAAAAAAAAAAGAUCUGAAUGUUUCCAGUCGCAUUGUAGUUUGAAUCGUAAUGGUAAGCUUUCUAUGCCCUCGACAAGUUGCUUUGAAUAGUGAUACUAACAAAUAAUGAUGCCACAGAGUAGGAACAGAGAACAUAGUUGAUAUUGCUUGAGAAAAAAAGCUACUGAUCGUUUGGCAUGCAAUAAACAUAUGUAACAGAGUAUGGAGAGCGUUAUAAAACGCGCUCUGAUUUAAAAGCUACCAUGAUACAUUAUUGAUUAUAGUGCCGUUACAACUAUGUCGUUUCUUCAGUUACGUUACACUAAUGAUAUCCCGUUCCUCUGUUCUAAGCUGGUUACCAAAGCAGCACACAAAAAGCAAUUCUGUCUAAAACCCUAGCAAAUAAAGAAAUUUUCAUUAUAAGCUAUUUAUACAGAUAUUGUAUAACAAGCUUGAAUUUCCGGUAAGCGGUACGACGUCGAUGCGUUGCAAUCUGAAUCGAAUUUAAUGUAAACUCUGCCUAUCACUUUGGAGCAAUCCGUAUAUUGAAUUUUUGAUGAUACUUACUUACUUAUGGAUCCUGUACACCUCCGGUGGUGCAAAGGGCCGACUUGAAAGAUCUCCAUCCUGAGCGUUACCCAGCUAUCGCUUUAACCUGUUGCCAGGGUAGAUUUCGGUCGACUUCUAUUAUUCCUUUAUUGAGGCGUCGCCGCCAUGAGCCUCUGGGUCUGCCUCUGCUGCGAUGUCCCGCUGGGUUCCAGUCUAAUGCUUGUCUGCAGAUUUCGUUUCCACCCCUACGUAGAGUGUGGCCGACCCAGCCUCACUUCCGGUCCCGAAUUUCUGUUGCUAUCGGCCUCUGGUGACAACGACGAUGGAGCUCGUUGUUUGAGAUCCAGUUGUGAGGCAACCAGGCCCGAAUUAUAUACCGCAGGAAUCUGUUAAUGAACACCUGCAGCCGUUGAGUGUUCUCCACUGAUACACACCAUGUUUCGCUAGCGUAUAACAGCACAGAUUUCACGUUAGAGUUGAAAAUUCGUAUUUUGGUGCGUUCACUUAUCUGCCUGUUUUUCCAGAUAUUUCUUAAACUAGCAAAGGCAGCCCUUGCUUUCUUGAUCCGUGCGAAUAAGUCGAUCUUAGUACCGCCGUCUGACGUCAUUUGGCUACCAAGAUAUUGGAAGCUUUCAACAUUCUCCACUGGUUGCCCGGCUACUGUGAAACUGGAAGGAGUCACCGUGUUUACAUCCAACGAUUUGGUUUUGUUGACGUUGAUGACUAAACCUGCCGAGGAUGAUAGGUAUUUAUAAAAGAGAUUAUAAACUACAGAAAAAGAUUGUGCUUCGGUUCCUUUCAUUCUGCUGUUCAGGGUUUGCAGAAAUUGCUCUCAAUAGAUAACGAACAACGAUUAAAGAGAGCCAAAAACCUCUCCGAAUCAUAACAAGCCAUGGAAACAAAACUAUCACACUUGUUUGGAAAAAUAAAAAUUAUUCGGAUAGGCGUCUCCAACCGAGGGGGGUAUGUAGGGGACCAUAUUUUUUUCGCACAGCUGUGUAAAACAAGUUGAAAUGAUGUACAUCAGAACCGGUGCCCCCGCAAUUGGAGCUUAUUAACAGAAAUUUAUCAUGGGUUGGAGCCCCCCGAAUCAGUUCUUUAUCGCUACCGAAAAUUGUCUCUCACGGCAUGCUACCUAUCAAGAGUGUAUACAGACAUGAUAAGUGAGAGAUUUUCUAAUUCUCCUUUGGAUUCAAACCCUGCAGCUGUCCUAUAUACGGGGGAAAGGUCGAUUAUUCGAAACUUAUUCGGCCGAAAGCCGUUUGGCCGAAUACUACUAAGCCGAAAAAAAAACAUAAUGCCGAAACCCAUCUGGCCGAAAUGGCCAUUUGGCCGAAUGAGUCGUUCGGAUGAAUGCAGUGAGAAGAGGGAAAUAAGAAAUUAGAAAUGAGACGUCUCACUUCUCACUCGUCAUUUCUCACUACUUAUUUCUCACUUCACACUUCUAACUUUUUGCAGUGAGAAGUUAAAAAUAAUGACUCACUUCCCACUCGUCAUUUCUUACUUCUCAUUUCUCAUAUCUCAUUUCGUACUUCUCCGUCACUGAGAAGUUAGAAGUGAGAGGCCUCACUCUCGCUCCUCAUUUCUGAUUUCGCAUUUUUUUUUUCUCACUAUUCACAUCAGUGCUUAUUGCCAAACGGCCAUUAAGGCCAAUUGACGUUUUCGGCCAAAUGACCCAAAUGACUUUCUGCUAAACGAUCGUUUCAGACACACGGCAUUUUCGGUCAAAUGACCUCUUCGGCCAAAUGACCUAUGCGGCCAAAUAACCUGUUUGGCUAAAUGACCUAUUCGGUUUAAAUUCAUCACGAGUUGGCAGUUUUAGGAGAACAUGAGGCUAGGGGCCUUCUUAGCCUUGCAGUAAAAUGCGCGUCUACAAUGCAAGACCAUGCUGAAGGUGGCUGGGUUCGAUUUCCAGUCCUGUUUAGGAAUUUUUUGGGUUGGAAAUUAUCUCAACUACAUAUGGCAUAAAUGUAUCACCGUAUUAGCAUCAUGAUAUACAAAUGCAAAAGUGGUAACUUGGCUUAAAAACCUCGCUGUUAACGACUGUGGAAGUGCUUAAUGAACACUAAGCUGCGAGCCAGCAAUGUGCCAGUGGGGGAUGUAAUACCAAUAAGAAGAAGAAGGAGAACAUGAUUUUUUUUUUAAUUUAUGAAGACUGUAUUGCGAAUGGUCAUAUUCUUAGCAACGACGAAAACAAUUUUUCGUUGAGCGUUCUUACUGAUCAGUCCGUGGACGUUGAACUACCGAAUAGUUACGCCAUGAACUGCCGUAAUCAGAAAAAGUGACGUAUUAACCAUUUUCCAAAAAUGGUGUUACCGAAUAGUACCUACUCAUAAAACUCUUUAACAUAAAAAUGAAAAACAUGCAUGUUGUAAAAUGGCGCAUACGUCACUUCUUCAGAUUACGGCAGUGAAGGCCAAUCAACUUCUUACCGAAGUGCAUAUCAUGCCAAAUUCGAACUAUCUUAAAGCGAAUUGCUUGUUCAACCGAUAGUAUUGAUGAUCAAUUGCUUUCAAUUUGAAUUUGCACUAAAACUUUUUGUUGUUAUGCUUUUCGAACGCUCUCAAAGAUAGAACAUCUGUGAUUUUUUUAAAGGCUCUUAAAGAUAAAUGAGCAUUUUUCUCUAUACCUAUUUUUAUUUGGUAGGCACUCUGUGUUUCAUAACCGCUACUGUGCCAUGAUCUUUUAUGGUAUUCUGCUGUACAGAACCACGUAGCCAACAUUGGAAAUUCCGCACUGACAGUCAUAAGGAUAAUCACGAGGAGGAAAGAGAGAGGCGCGUUCCAAGGUGUUAGUUUUAUAAACGGCAAGAAGAUGAAAAGAGACUGCAUCUACACUACGAAAACACAACCAAAACAUCUAGCUUUAGAUGUCCAUAAUUCGUUAGUAUUGACGUUACCAGUCCAUCUCAUCGUGAGUCUAUUGUGUCCAUUUGUCCAUAUGAUUAGUCCAAAGAUCAUUAGUUUGUUCAGUUGCCAUUUAUCCAGAUACGUUGAAGGAAUGCCUUUGAGAAGAACAGUUGUGUCGGUACGCCACCGUACGGACUGCGCUUUCGGCGACUGACGAUAAGAGGGAAUUGAACCCAUGACCAUUCGCUUUCAAAGCAAACGUGUAGCCACGGUACAGGACCUCCCGGGGCAAAACUUAUCCACAGAUAACAAUUUUUAAAAAAGUAUCAAAUUAGAUUUCCCUAAAGAUAUGAUUUUUAGGGUGCAAAUAAUUCAUAAAUUCGUUUACUGCCUUUUUUCAUAAUCUAUCGUUAUUUUUUCGAGAUUCGGAUAUUUUAUGACUUAUCAGUCUUUUUUUUGGCAAAGUUUUGAAAACUUAAAGAUACUGUGGGGCAAAAGGGUAAAUGAAAUCGUAUAGUUCAUGUUCAUCAAGUCAUAAAAGUUGAAUAUAAUAUUGAAAUUGAUCAUAUUUAUGACAGUUGUCUCUCUGUUGUGGACUUGAAAAAUUUGGUGCUUCAUCAAUCAAGUACGUUUUUUCACUUACACCAUUUACCCACCCACCCCACCGUACCUUACCGUCAAAUGGAGUAACUUGCAACACUUUGAAUUGAUCCCAUUCAAAUGCAUUUUUCACUAUCCGCUAUUUUUUUUCGAUUUGGACAUCAAGGCUAUCAAACUUUAAUAUGUGAUAGCAAGCUAUAAUUUUCAUGCCUAAAAAGUUUUUAGUUAAUUUCUUAGCUUUAGCUUUGACUGACUACACAUAUCUAUGGUUGCUACUCCGUGAUUGUCCAGAAUCAGUGAAAUUGCACAAAGAAUCAACUGAAUGAUUGACUGGGAUUGUUCAAGCAUUCUCAGUGUGCAAGUUUCAGUGACUCUAAUAUUCAAAUGAUCAAUAACGGCGCCGGCCACGUCCUUGUAGUCAGUUAGGAAGAGGGAUGGAAUAUUAGUAGGUGGUUUUUGCUAUUUGAAGACCGUGUAUACCUCUGCGUCUCCACAAAAACCACAAGAAGGAUUAUCAGUUAGUUGGUAAGCAUCGUUGGAUCUGGAUUCACUCUAAUAAGCAAUACGACCGUGCCAUUCUUUAUACACGGUGAUUUUACCUAACCAUGAUUCGGCCGCAAAGCAGAACAAACUAACAACCUGCACACCGAGCAAGAACACGAUCAAACGCAUAUCUAUUGAUUUACUUCCCGACCGCACAAACUACAACGAUACCAGAUCAUUCGACGUGUCUAUGAACCGAGCAUGGACAAUAGUCAAUAUGCAUGCCCGAUGGCAUAUGCAAACUGUUAAGGAUCGAGUUUUUGACGACCGAACCGACGUGCAGUAUUCUGUACUUACUUGACCGGAUCAAAGCGCAAUACAAGCGCAUUAUCCGCCGAAUAUCAAAAAGAUAUUUCUUUCUCCGGCCCGCGACGAAUAACACACGCACUGUACUUACUUUCCCGAUGGCUAUUGCAAGCUAUAGAAGAUCGCACUUGUCUUAACCGGAUCGAAGCGCAAUACAAGCGCAUUAUCCGCCGAAUAUCAAAAAUAUAUUUUUGACGACGAAUAACACACGCACUGUACUUACUUUCCCGAUGGCUCUAAAAAGUUUUUAGUUAACUUCUGCAUAAAAAUUAAGGUUGAACACCGUGCCCUGCCCUAAUCAGACGGGUAGUAUUCAAAGCCCAGGGGCCUGUAGCAUAAUCGAUUUUUUUUUAAUUUACUGUGAGACGAGCUCGGUGGUCUAGGGGCUACCGCUUCUGCCUUAUAAGUAGGAGGUCGUGGGUUCAAUUCCUGGCUCAUCCCUUUCCUACUUUGUAUUUCUAUCUUAGUUCUUUCUGUAUUUCACGUUAUACCAGAACGAUUCCUACUGUUAUAACCUUCCACGCAAUCCCAAAAGCUCCCGUGGUACCUAUGAGAGGUCGUAGAGUUCUCUGCAUCUUUCUUAAGUAGGUGUCCAACAAACCAUCCUUCCCCUUCCUCAGCAUUCGCAAGGACGUGGCCAGGACAGAUCUCGACUAUUUGAGAGUGCAUUGCUUCCAUCUAAGAGAUGCUGAUUAGUCCCAAAUCAAUAUCAGUGGUAACGGAUGAAAGCGAUGCUACUCUCAUACAAUAGUUUUGGCUUGUACCACCUACGAAUUUGUGCGAACUGCUAAAUGCUAAUGCUAAUGCUCAAGUAGUUUUUUAAUUUACUGUUUCAGUAAAUUAUUUCAUUUACUGUUUCAGAGUUUUAUAACUUUAGUUUACCUAAAGUUGACUUUAUUCAACUCAAAUGUGAGUUGUUGUACUGAACAAUCUCCAAUCCAUGCAUCUUGUCCUAUUUUUGACAACAAUCGUGGAAAAGAAAGGAAAAACUACUUAAAUUUUUAAUAAAAUUUGAUGCGAUGUUAUCAUCAGUAAGUAUUUUGAACUUAAAUUUUGAAAUGAUUUAUCUUUCAAGAAAUCGCCUAAAUUUCAUAAUAAUUUCAACAAUUUCAAUUAUUGGACUAAAACAAAAUCCAAACCCGCAAAACACAAAAUUGAAACCCGCUUCAAGAACACGCGUCAAACGAACCUGGCGAAAUUAGAUUUUUAAUGGAAGAUACGUUCGAGUAAAGUACAAAUCGCCCAAAUUAAAAACCCAUGUCAAUCACAAAAUCCACCUAUUAAAACCACGUAAAAAAUCACUCCAGUGUGCAUUACUUUUUCUUCGUAAAAAAUGCCAAUACCACGAUACCGGAUU